AUGCCAACACAAAAGUGCAAUUCCAAAAGAGAGAAGCUAAAGUUGCCCGAAGUUUUCAAUUUACAAUCUGAUUUAAUUUCAAAGAUGCCGUCAUUGAGAAUAGACCAAAGUGAUCUGAAAUGCAACAGGAAUGGAUGCGACUACUAUGGCAAUCCUCAGUGGCAGGGCUACUGCUCCAAAUGCCACCGAGAGCAGUUACUACGACAGAGAAGAGCAGAUGAGCACGAAUCGGACAGACGGUCCCAAGAGUUCAAGAUACCGUCGGCGGUGAACGAAGGUAUGAAGCGCGACUUUCGUGUUCUUUUUCCGUACCUGCCGGCGCAAGUGGACCGCGACACGCGCCUGUUCGUGCACAGCUUCAUGCUGGACGUCAUUAAGUGUUCCAGCAUGAUGGCGGUCGACGAGCUGUCCGAGAGGGUCCAGCGGCAAUACCAGCGCUUCAUGCGUCACAUGGACACGUCGCAGCACUUCGCCAAUAUGGAGUCCGAGACGAAGGAAUUGCUCAUGGACUUUGUUGAAAAGCACGCCAUGACCUAUUUACAUCAGUUACCAGGUGUUGUGUUCUCUCCAGCUGGUACGGAUGACGAGCGAGCAGACAGAACGAUGUCGGAACGAAUUCAGCAGCUUAGCUGGGUGGGCGAGACACACCUGGAGUGCAAUCUGGACAGGAAUGACGCAAAAUGCAGGCAGCUGCUUUAUAAAGCUAUCAGUGAGCUGCUGGGCAUGGAUGGGUGUGCGGCGCCAGGCGGCAAGUUGGCGCGCGUGCGGCGUUGCUGCCGGCACGUGCUGGCGCUGUGCGGCGUGCCCGCGUCCGCCGACGAACUGCUGCCCUGCCUCAUCUUCACUGCAGCGGCGUUGUCGCUGUGUGGCGUGGCGCGUGAAGUGGAGGAGUUGCGCGAGGAGACCGCGCGCAUGCGCACACAAGUACGCAGCCUGUGCGACGGAGCGGACGCGCUCGAAGAAAACGCACGCACCUUCGAGGAACAAAUAGCCAAGAAAGUCAAAGAUGUGCUUGCUAAGACACCAUUAGAAAUCAAACCAAGGCGCGAGCUACCCCAGCUUGGGAAAUUCAAAAACAUCAACACUGUACCCCUAAUAGACUUAGAGACACCAGCAGAAGACACUGUGCCUCAAGAAGUACCAACUCCUCAUCCACCACUAAUACCUACAAACCAAAUGAGCCAAGCAGAAAACGAGCAAGAGGUACCAGUGUUAAAUACAACAGAAGUCCAAAGCACAGACCAGCAUGAUAUCUUAGAUUUCCACGUCGCAGAUAAACCUUCACCAUCCAAAUCCCCACACAAUCUUUACGAGAAAUGGGAUUUGAAGCAGACAAACUCAAUGGAACUACUAACACCAUCCCCUUUGGGUUUUACUCCUUUCGACUCAAGGUCUAUCGAUGAGCUGAAUACACCAGACGAUUUUGGGGCAGAAAACAUAGCACCUGGCUUAAGUAAUAUUAAUUAUGACAUUGAUCUUUCAGACUUCAGUGGAGAUAACAGUCUGGCUGAGGACGCUCCAAAAUGUGAACCAAAGGACCCUUUCAGCCCAGAAGGCAUAAAGAAGGACACUUUCGACCCUUUCGCACCAUUACCUCCUCGAAGUGACUACUGUGCCGUAUUAGAGACACUUGAUGAGUUUUCUUUGGUUGAUUCAAAAAAUGAAGUUUCAGAAGCGUUUGAAAUUGUACAUAGGGGGCAAGAUCCAUUCAGCCCAGUGUUAACUGGUGAGACAAGCAGAAACCCUUUCAGUCCUACACGUAAGGAGACAGCCUCCAUAUUAGAUGAUAACGAAUCACCAACGUCUGCUUGCCUUCUACCAUCACCUUUGCAGCCACAGACCAGUAAACCAGCUUAG